AUGCGUUCUUCCACUGUUCUUGCUAUUGCUACCGUCGUCGUUGCCCCCGCACUGGUUGCUGCUGCUCCGGCUCCCGCUGACGGUUCCGAGGCCAUUGGUUUUGGAGAUGCCCUGAAGAUCGGCAAAGGUGUAUCUAGUAUCUUCCACAGCCACAGCAACAGCCACAAGCACAAGCAGAAGUCUCGUGAUUUUGGCGAAAUCAUCGCUCGCGAGUUCGUGGAAUUCAUGGCGCGCGCAGAGACUCAGCAGCCACACGACCACGAGAAUGCCCAGGCAAACGACCACGACCACAAGCCUUCCCGUGAGCAUGCGCAAGCGCACAACGAGCACGCGCAUAAGCACGCUAAGGGCCACAAGCACCACAAGGGCGCUCACAAGGAGGAGCACGGCGCGCACAACGCACACCCCACGCAUGCAGUGCAGCCCUCUCACGCCGCGUACAAGCAGGCGCACCCCUCGCAAGCAUCUCAUGUCGCCCCCUCUGCGGUCUCCUCUGCCGCCGCCGCCGCCAUCCACGCAGCGCGCCAGGUCCAUACUGCUCACGUUCAGGCUCAGCACUUCGCGAGCCAGGAGCACGCCCCUGGCUCCCAGCACGCGCACCAGCAGCUGGCGGGCCACAAGCACCUCCACAAGGGCCACAAGGGCGCGCACGUCGCUGAGCACCACUCCGCUGCGAACCCUGCCGCCGCACACCCUACCGCGGCGUAUCCCGCUGCGGCCUCUGCCGUGCACGCCGCGCGUGGGGACGGACCCUCUGUACACCCCAUACCACACGUUCAUGAACACCUUGCAAGCCACGCCCACGCGCACGAGCACCUCGCGGGCCACAAGCAUCUCCACAAGGGUCACGGCCACAAGCACCUCCACAAGGGUCACGGCCACAAGCACCACCAGGGUACCCACAAGGCACAGGUGGCUCAUGCAGCGCGCGAGAUUGAGGACCUGGUGGCGCGCGAGGACGGCAGCGAAGCUCUGGGCAUCAGCUCGGCCUGGAAGGGCGUGAAGGCACUCGGUGGCCUGUUCCACGGUAACGGUAACAGCAACAACAACCAGCAGAAGUCUCGCGAAUACGAUGAGCUCCUCGCUCGCGACUUUGACGAGUUGAUGGCUCGUGAUCUCGACGAGAUCCUAGCUCGCGAGUACGACGACAUGUUGGCCCGCGAGUACGACGAUAUCAUGGCCCGUGAAUACGACGAUAUCAUGGCCCGCGAGUACGACGAUAUCAUGGCUCGCGAGUACGAUGACAUUUCGCAGGUGCCCGCUUCUCACCCGCACGCCGACGCUCACGAACAAGCCGCGGGUCACGCCUACGCUCACGGGCACCUGAAGGGACGCAAGUACCACAAGGACUACAAGAGUGGACACGCACACUCGCACAACAAGGGCGCGCACGCGCAGUCCGACAUCGCAGCGCACCCCGGUGCAGGCGCACACCCCGCGGAGCACCCUUCUGAGGCGCACGCUACUCACGUCGCGCGCUGGGCCAUCGACGAGUUGGACUAA